AUGGACGCUUCAGCUUCGUUUGAUGCUUUUGUUUCCGCAUCAACAUUUCGUACUAUUCAACAGACGUUUCUCCAGCUAUGUCUCGCUUUAGAAAUAGACCCUUCUGAAGGAAAAAAUGUAUACGAAGGACUUCGCAAGUUCAAAGACUGGAAAGCUGAGAAGUUGUGGAAACUUCUGGAUAAAAGAGUUAAUCAAAAAGAAUACCUUCAGCAAAAGGCUGCCGACAAACUUACGACAUUAAUUAUUGGAGCCGGACCUUGUGGCCUUCGUAUGGCGAUAGAGUGUGCUCUGCUUGGAAACAGAGUGGUUGUUGUAGAACAGCGGGAAAAAUUCAGUAGAAAUAAUGUGCUCCAUCUAUGGGGAUUUGUUAUACAUGAUAUCAAGGCUUUGGGAGCAAAAAUUUUUUAUCCUAAGUUUUGCACAGGGAGCAUUGAACACAUAAGCAUCCGACAACUACAAUGUAUACUGCUUAAAGUAGCUCUUUGUUUUGGUGUACAGGUUCACGAAGGAGUUUCUUUCAAGGAAAUAGUAUUUCCUUCAAUUGAAUCAAAAUGUGGAUUUAAAGCUAUGCUUGAACCACCAGGACAUAUUUUGUCAGAAAUGGAGUUUGAUGUUCUGAUUGGAGCAGAUGGUAAGAGGAACACUGUACCAGGAUUUCGGAGAGAUGAAUUGAGAGGAAAGUUAGCUAUAGCCAUAACAGCUAACUUCAUUAAUAAAAAAACACCGGCGGAGGAGAAAGUUCCGGAGAUCAGCGGAGUAGCGUAUAUCUUCAACCAAGCUUUCUUCAAAGAGAUGCAUGAAACUACGGGUGUUGAUCUGGAAAAUAUUGUUUAUUACAAAGAUGAAACUCAUUACUUCGUUAUGUGUGCCAAAAAGCAUAGUUUAUUAGAAAUGGGAGUUUUGAAAAAGGAUUCUGAUGAUGCCGUCACACUUCUUUCUUCCAACAACCUUGACAAAGAGGCCCUAUGCGCCUAUGCUGUUAAAGCUGCUCACUUCGCCACAAAUGGGGCCUUACCCGCACUAGAGUUCGCGGAAAAUCAUAGAGGGGAGAAGGAUAUAGCUGCUUUCGACUUCACGAGUCUUUACUCAGCCAAAAACUCUGUUCGUCUUGUGGAAAGUAACGGUAAACGUUUGUUGUUGAGUAUUGUGGGGGACUCUCUUCACGAGCCGUUCUGGCCUACAGGAUCUGGUUGUGCGAGAGGCUUUCUCGGCGUUUUUGACACAGCUUGGCUAUUGAGGAACUAUGGCCUUAACCAAAAAGGUCCUUUGGAAAUGAUCGCAGAACGUGAAAGUGUGUAUCGCUUGUUAACUCAAGUCACCAAGGAUAACAUGCACAAGCUGAUUAGUAAAUAUACGAUCGAUCCACGUACGAGAUAUUUGCAUCCAGGUUUGUGCUUGGAGCCGGACGAAGUGGUUAGCCUUGUUUACUCGGAUAAUCCACGAUCUUUACCCGUUAGCGAACCUCUCCCAUUGAAUUAUCAAGGAUCAGCUCACUCUCGCGAAAUCGCCAGCAUCACGAGAUACUCACUAUGGAAGUUUUGCUGUUAUGCUCUUAUGAAUUACAAAUUGAAAGUGAUUGAUCUCAAUAACAGCUGGUGCGAUGGCCUAGCACUGGGUGGACUGAUUGCGAAAUUUGCUCCGAAGUCAUUAGACUACUUUUAUCUUUUGAAUUUAAAUGACGCUCAUAAACGCUUGCAGGUAUGCUUUGAUGCAGCAGAGUUAAAUUUCAACGUUCCAAUACCAUGUUGUCCCAGCGCAUGGGAAUAUUUGAAAGAAAACCGCAAAGCGGAAUAUUUAGAACAAAUUGUGAACGUUAUCCGGAAAGAUAUGAAAUUAGUUCAACAAUGUCUUAUUACUCCAAGAUCAUUCAAACGAAAAAUUGUUGAAAAACCUCGCCUUCGAGCUUAUCGUAGGGCUACACAGCCAAUUGAAAAGUUAGCUUCAGAUCUUCUGGAAUCGUUCAAAUCAGAGGACAAAACUAGUAGUACCAAAGAGUAUGAAUCAGUCAAGCGGUUUGAGCGCCUUAAGCGUCAAGAGAGUGAUCCCACUUCCAGACAUGCCGGAGAAAAGUUUUCAGAGCAAGAAAAAAAGAGUGGUCAAGAAAACUUGAAGUUAAAUGAUUUCAUUGUAAAAGAUAAGAAGUUGCAAAAAGAAGGAAGCUCCAAGAAAGUUCAGUAUAAUUUCGCAGAGUUUUGUCACCAAGAAACACCUUUGGAUUUUUCGGAGGGUUCCGAGAAAGAAAAUGGGUUGAAGAACAGUGGUUCAGCACAACUCAAAAGAAAAGACGAUUCUGGAACGUGUACGGACACCUUGAAUGUUCACAAACAGACACUAUGUGAUUUUUGUGAAAAGGUGGUGUACUUAACAGAGAGAAUUCAGAUUGAAUCUGUUUACAUUCACAAAAAUUGUUUUCGGUGCUCCAUUUGUUCUCAAAUCCUCCGAGUAGGGGAGUAUGGUAAAGAUAAAGAGCUGGAUCUUAUACACCCCAAAAAGUUGUUUUGUAAUGUUCAUUCGCGUAUUCCUCUCAAGGAAAAAAUUAGCCAACUGGAAAGGGUGAAUCGAAAACGACAGUCAUUAGCGGUACUACCUAUGAAGUCUGUUUCUGAGAACGAAUCUAAAGACACCCCUGCUUCUUGUUUUCAUCAUAUACUGUCAACGCCUCAGCAUAUGAAAGAAUCUCGUUCCAUAAUUUCGCCGAUCUCUGAGUUAACAUGUGAAAACCUUCGAACCCCCGAGCGUGCUGAGUUUGGAUACCAUGUAGAGAAAACGGUUGAGUAUUCAAAGUUGGAUGAUUCAGAAAGCGAAGAAGAUGAGCAGUCGAACGUCAAGCAAAGGAAUUCAAAACAGGAUAGCGAUGGAGAAUUAAGUGUAUCAGAUUCUGAGAACUUGGAAGAAGCAGAUCUGGAAGAGUUUCAAAAAUCCGUAUUACAGCUUGAUGAUGAAAACCCUGAGAUGCCUGUAACUGAUGAACAAUUGAUGUCCAUAAUUAAUCGUAUGAAUCAGAGGCGUAAGAGUUUACUUCCAGAUGGAACACCUACGCGGUCCGAUGAGCCUUUGUUCCGUACUGAAGUAACGUUCAGAUCAACAAAUUCAACGGAAGCUAUUGAUAGGGAUAGAGCUCGCAGUAUUGCAACUGUUCCUUCUGAAACAGGGUUUUCAGAGUUUAAGAUUCCUUUGAGCGUUUGUAUAAGAAAGCAAAAAGAAGAAGAAUUGGAAAAACUCAAAUCAGAAAUGAGAUUGAAAGCUAAAAUGAAAUCAGACCAUGAAUUAGGAAUCAAAAGUAAUAUAAUUGAAGAAGAGCACGGCACUCCAGAAAAGUUCAACACAGAACUCAUUCACGACACACCGAGCGCUAGGAAGCCUCGAUCGAGCUCUUUACUGGCACAAAUGCCAUCACUAUGGAGAGAAUCGUUGAACGGGCUAUCUAGUAGUGUACCUUCUUUGAUCAAAGCAGAAACUGACAAAAACAAAGAUCAUUCUGAGCCUCUUGAUCUUUCAAAUGAGAACUGUUUAACUACUACUUUCCUCCACAAUGAUCUUCAUUUAGAAAAAACAAAAAAGUCUGUUUUUCAAUCUGAUGAUCUGCACAUAGAAAGCAAGAAAGAAACUGGCAUGUUAGAAUCUCCUUAUCAUCUGUUCAAAAAGAAGGAGAAAAAGAAAAGAGAGACUAACUCUUCUAGUUAUCUUCACUCUGUUGGAAAAACAGACAAUUUCCUUUGCGCUGAGCUACCAAGAGUAGCUACAGUUCCUCCUUCGCCUAGAUCUAUCAAGGAAUCGCCACGAAAUUGUUUUUCAAUGUUUGAUGACUCUGCCUCUGUUAAUACUUCACAAAUCCCGUCUGAUGCCAUAACAUUGAAGAAUUUCCACAAAAAGGCUCAAAAGCUCAAAAAAGACAGAGAUCUGCAAUUGAGUCAGAGUGCUCAAGAAUUGCAGUUGACUAUUGACAGGAACGGCAUAAGGUUAGAAGAAAUAAGUAAACAGAUUAAAAAAAAAGUCUUGAUACUGGAAUGUGAACCCAAUAAUCAAGCAGAAUUGAUCAGAUGGCUCGAGUUGAUCAAAGAAAGAGAUUCUUUGAAAUUCACUAAUAAGGGUAAGCAACUCGAGCUUCUGAAAGUGAAAUUACAUCUUCGAUACCGUGAUCUGAACAAGAAAUACUCCAAUUCGGAAGAAAUGGCUGAUGAAAGAACACUGAAUGAAAUGUUACGAACAGUUCACGAGAAAACAGAAGCGGAUACACUUCUUAAAAGUUAUCACAAGGAAUCCAUGAGAAGUUUACCGCGAAUUGAAGAUGUUUUACGGAACAAAAAAUUUUCAUAUCUUAACUUUGGUGUAAACUUCGAGUUCGCCUCUCUAUUCUGA